GGGUCCCCCGUCCGCGCAGCACCGUCCCACGGGCCCCGUCCGCAUGCCCCGCCAGAGCAGGGUAUAUAAGAUAGUCAGACCGGGCAGCGGCUUCAGGUGUCCUCCAGUGGGUGAUUGGGACGGGUGGCGUGCUUGUGGUGGUGCUGGGAAAUUCGUUGAAAGUUCCAGAGCCGUGUUUGUGAGUCUGAGCGCUUUUGAUCACCCACCACCAACAUGCCUGGCCACGUUAAAAAGAGCACUGGUCCCGACCCCGACCCCUCCGAAUGGCUGUAUAUCUCAAUGGAGAUGAGGCUGGCCGAUCAGGCCAAGCCCUACGACCCGAAGAAGUCUUGCUGGGUCCCUGACCCCAAGGAGGGUUUCCUUCUCGGUAUGAUUCAGGACACCAAGGGCGACAUGGUCGUUGUCCACGCUGGUGGCGAGACCAAGGAAUGGAAGAAGGAUCUCGUCGGUCAGGUCAACCCCAACAAAUACGAGAAGUGCGAGGACAUGUCCAACUUGACCUACUUGAACGACGCCUCCGUCCUGUACAACCUGAAGUCCCGUUACCAGGCUAGGCUUAUCUACACCUACUCCGGUCUCUUCUGUAUUGCCAUCAACCCCUACAAGCGCUUCCCCAUCUACACCAACCGUACUGUCAAGAUCUACCAGGGCAAGAGGCGUAAUGAAGUGCCUCCCCAUAUCUUUGCCAUCUCUGACGGUGCCUACAUGGACAUGUUGCAGCUUGGCGAGGAUCAGUCUAUGCUGAUUACCGGUGAGUCCGGUGCCGGUAAGACCGAGAACACAAAGAAGGUACUCUCCUACUUCGCCAACGUCGGCGCCAGCUCCAAGGCCAAGGACACGGCCAACAAGCCCAACUUGGAGGACCAGAUCGUCCAGACCAACCCUGUAUUAGAGGCCUUCGGUAACGCCAAGACCGUCAGGAACGACAACUCCUCCCGUUUCGGUAAGUUCAUCCGUAUCCACUUCGCACCCAACGGCAAGCUCUCUGGUGCUGAUAUUGAAUCCUACCUGCUGGAGAAGGCCCGUGUCAUCUCCCAGCAGUCUCUGGAGAGGUCCUACCACAUCUUCUACGAGAUGAUGACCGGCCAGAUCGCCGAGAUCAAGCCCAUGUGCAAGCUUAGCGACGACAUCUACGAAUACCACUACGUUUCCCAGGGUAAGGUCACUGUCCCCUCCAUUGAUGACAACGAAGACAUGCAGUUCUGUCACGAUGCCUUCUUCGUGUUGAACUUCAACCAGGAAGAAGUCGACAAUGUCUACAAGAUUACAGCUUCCGUCAUGCACAUGGGUGAGAUGAAGUUCAAGAUGAAGGGUCGCGAUGAGCAGGCCGAACCCGACGGUACCGAAAGGGGUGAGAUCGUUGCUGAGCUCCUCGGUGUUGAUGCUGAUGCCUUCUACAGGAACUUGUGCAAGCCCAAGAUCAAGGUCGGUAACGAGUUCGUCGCCAAGGGUAUGGACGUCAACAAGGUCACUUACUCUAUCGGUGCCUUGGCCAAGGGUCUCUUUGAUCGCGUCUUCAAGUUCCUGGUCGAAAAGUGUAACAUGACCCUCAGCACUGGACAGAAGCGCGCUCACUUCAUCGGUGUACUCGAUAUUGCCGGCUUUGAGAUCUUCGACGACAACGGCUUCGAGCAGAUUUGCAUCAACUUCUGUAAUGAGAAACUGCAGCAGUUCUUCAACCAUCACAUGUUCGUACUGGAACAGGAGGAAUACAAGAAGGAAGGUAUUGACUGGGUCUUCGUCGACUUCGGUAUGGAUCUUCAGGCCUGCAUUGAGUUGUUCGAAAAGAAACUUGGUCUCCUCGCCAUCCUUGAGGAAGAGUCUAUGUUCCCCAAGGCUACUGAUAAGACCUUCCAGGAGAAGUUGAACGCCAACCUUCUCGGCAAGUCUCCCAUGUUCAUCAAGCCCAAGCCACCAAAGCCCGGUGCGCCUGAGGGUCACUUCGCCAUCGUCCACUACGCCGGUACUGUCACUUACAACUUGACUGGCUGGCUCGAGAAGAACAAGGAUCCCCUGAACGACACCGUCGUCGACCAACUGAAGAAGGGCUCCAAUUCACUCAUCGUUGUCAUCUUUGCUGACCAUCCCGGCCAGUCCGGUGAUGCUGGUGGCGGUGGUGGCAAGGGCAAGGGCAAGUCUGGUGGUUUCAAGACUGUCUCUUCAGGUUACAGGGACCAGUUGGGUAACCUCAUGAGGACUUUGAACGCUACUCACCCCCACUUCAUCCGAUGCAUUGUACCAAACGAAACCAAGACUCCAGGUGCCGUUGAGGCUGGCUUGAUCAUGCAUCAGCUGACUUGUAAUGGUGUGCUUGAAGGUAUCCGUAUUUGCCGAAAGGGCUUCCCCAACAGGAUGCUGUACCCUGACUUCAAGCUUCGUUACAAGAUCAUCAACGCCAAUGCCGUGGCCACCAUCAAGGAUAACAAGGAAAUGGCCUACGCUGUCCUUGACGCUGGCGGUCUCGAUAGGGACUCUUACCGCUGUGGCAACACCAAGGUAUUCUUCAAGGCCGGUAUCCUGGGUAACCUCGAGGAAGUGCGAGACGGCCGCUUGGGCAAGAUCGUGACUUGGAUGCAAGGCUGGGUUCGUGGCAGGAACGGCAGGGCCGAUUUCAAGAGGCUCCAGGAACAGCGCGUUGCCCUGACCGUCGUCCAGCGCAAGGUCAGGAACUACAUGGCCAUGCAGAGCUGGUCUUGGUUCAACCUCUGGCAGAAGGUCAGGCCCCUCAUCAACCAGCCCAGGGUUGAGGACGAGAUCCGCAAGUUGGAAGAGAGGGCCAACGCUGCUUGCGCUGAGCUCGAGAAGGAAACCAACCUUAUCGAGACCCUGACUGCUUCCAAUGAAUCCCUUCUUGCUGAGAAGGAAUCCCUUGCCAAGACCAUCGAGGAGACCCAGGGCAACAUGUCCGAAUUCAUGGAUAACCUGGCUAAGAUUGGUGCCCAGAAGGCCGAACUCGAGAUCCUGUUUAACGAGACUUCUGCCAAGUUGGUGGCUGAGGAAGAAGCCCGCACAGCCACUUUCGCCGACAAGAGGAAGACCGAGCAGGAGGUGAACAGCAUCAAGAGGGAUCUUGAAGAUCUUGAGCUCAAUGUGCAGAAGGCCAACCAGGACAAGGCCACCAAGGACCACCAGAUCCACGUCCUCAACGAGGAGAUCGCUCACCAGGAGGAGAUCAUCAACAAGGUGAACAAGGAAAAGAAGCAGCUUCAGGAACUCAACCAGAAGUCUGCCGAGGACUCACAGGGUGUUGAGGACAGGUGCAGCCACCUGAGCAAGAUCAAGGCCAAGCUUGAACAGACCCUUGAUGAACUCCAGGAAUCUCUUGAGCGUGAGAAGAAGCUCCGCGCUGAAGUGGACAAGUCCAAGAGGAAGGUCGAGGGUGACCUCAAGCUCACCCAGGAGGCUGUCGCUGAUCUCGAGCGCAACCACAAGGAACUCGAGACCGCCAUCCAGCGCAAGGACAAGGAAAUCUCCAACUUCGCCAACAAGGUUGAAGACGAGCAGGGACUCGUUUCCAAGAUUCAGAAGCAGAUCAAGGAACUGCAGGCACACAUCGAGGAGCGCGAACAGGAGGUCGAGCACGAGCGCCAGGCCCGCGCCAAGGCCGAGAAGGCCAAGGGCACCCUCGCUCGCGAACUCAACGAUCUCGGCGACCGCCUCGACGAAGCUGGUGGCGCCACAGCCGCCCAGGUUGAGCUCAACAAGAAGCGCGAGGCCGAGCUCGCCAAGCUCCGCCGCGAUCUUGAGGAGUCCAACAUCCAGCACGAAUCCGCCUUCGCUUCCCUCCGCAAGAAGCACAACGACGCCGUUGCUGAGAUGUCUGACCAGAUCGACCAUCUCACCAAGAUGAAGGCCAAGAUUGAGAAGGAGAAGGAAGUGAUGAGGCGUGAAGCUGAAGACGCCAAGGCUGCUCUUGAUGGUCUUGCCCGCGAUAAGGCUGCUGCCGAGAAGGCCAACAAGUCUAUCCAGCUUAGCAUCAACGAAGUCCAUGUCAAACUGGAUGAAGUCAACCGUACCCUCAAUGACUUUGACGCCACCAAGAAGAAGUUGGCUGUCGAGAAUGCUGAUCUCCUCCGCCAGCUUGAGGAGGCCGACGCUCAGAUCGCUCAGCUCAGCAAGCUGAAGGCUACUCUUUCCGUUCAGGUCGACGAGACCAGGAAGCUCGCUGACGACGAGUCCAGGGAGCGCGCUACCAUCCUUGGCAAGUACCGCAACCUCGAGCACGAUCUCGACGGCCUCCGCGAACAGGUCGAAGAAGAGAGCGAGGGCAAGGCUGACCUCCUCCGCCAGCUCUCCAAGGCUGAAGCUGAGGCUUCCAUGUGGCGCACCAAGUACGAGGCUGAGGGCGUCGCCCGCGCUGAGGAGCUCGAGGCUGCCCGCUUGAAGAUCGCCGCCCGUCUCGACGAGGCCGAGCAGCAGAUCGAACAGCUCAACGUCAAGAACCUGAACCUCGAGAAGGCCAAGGGUCGCGUCAGCGCUGAGCUCGAGGACAUGCAGAUCGCCGUCGAGCGCGCCCAGGCCCUCGCCGACGCCGCCGAGAAGAAGCAGAAGAACUUCGACAGGAUCAUUGGCGAAUGGAAGCUCAAGGUUGACGACCUCGCCGCCGAGCUCGACGCUUCCCAGAAGGAAUGCCGCAACUACUCCACCGAGCACUUCCGCAUCAAGGCCACCUACGAAGAGAACCUCGAACACCUGGACUCCGUCCGCCGCGAGAACAAGGCUCUCGCUGACGAAAUCAAGGACCUCAUGGACCAGAUCAGCGAGGGUGGCCGAUCCAUCCACGAAGUGCAGAAGUCUGUCAAGCGCCUCGAGAUCGAGAAGGAAGAGCUCCAGGCCGCCCUUGAGGAGGCUGAGACCGCUCUCGAACAGGAGGAGAACAAGGUCCUCCGCUGCCAGCUCGAGCUCAGCCAGGUCAGACAGGAAAUUGACAAGCGUAUCCAGGAGAAGGAAGAGGAGUUCGAAAACACCCGCAAGGGACACCAGCGUGCUGUCGACUCCAUGCAGUCUGCCUUGGAGGCUGAGGCCAAGGGCAAGGCUGAGGCUCUUCGCAUGAAGAAGAAGCUCGAGUCCGACAUCAGCGAGCUCGAGAUCGCCCUCGACCACUCUAACAAGGCUAAUGGAGACCUCCAGAAGCACAUCAAGAAGCUCCAGCUGGAGAUGAAGGACUCUCAGUCCCGCCUUGAGGAAGAACAGCGCCUUGCCUCCGAAUACCGCGAACAGUACGGCAUCUCUGAACGCCGCGCCAACGCCCUCCACGGAGAGCUCGAGGAAUCCAGAACCCUCCUCGAACAGUCCGACCGCGGCCGCCGCCAGGCCGAGGCUGAACUCUCAGAAGCCGCAGAAUCCCUCAGCGGCCUUUCCGCUCAGUACAACUCCCUCUCCAUGGCCAAGAGAAAGCUCGAAGGCGAGAUGCAGACCCUGCACGCUGACUUGGACGACAUGCUGAAUGAAGCCAAGAACUCCGAGGAGAAGGCCAAGAAGGCCAUGGUCGACGCCGCCCGUCUCGCUGACGAGCUCCGCGCCGAGCAGGAACACGCCCAGACCCAGGAGAAGAUGCGCAAGGGCUUGGAGAUCUCCGUCAAGGAGCUCAGAGUCCGCCUUGAGGAAAGCGAGGGUGUUGCCGUCAAGACCGGCAAGAAGGCCCUUGGCAAGCUCGAAAGCCGCGUCCGCGAGCUGGAGGGACAACUUGACGACGAAGCCCGCCGUCACUCCGACGCCCAGAAGAACCUCAGGAAGUGCGAGAGGAAGAUCAAGGAGCUCACCUUCCAGUCCGACGAGGACAAGAAGAACCACGAGAGGAUGCAGGACCUCGUCGACAAGCUCCAGCAGAAGAUCAAGACCUACAAGCGCCAGAUCGAGGAGGCUGAGGAAAUCGCCGCCCUCAACUUGGCCAAGUACCGCAAGGCACAGCAGGAGCUGGAGGAGCGCGCCUAAACAGCUGAUGAGGAAAGGAUAGAUAGACAGUUGCUACUCGAGACGAGAAGACGGGACAGUAUACACCUUCAGGAGACAUCAGCGCAUAUCUCAUUCGCUCUAAUGUAUGAAGUAUGACUUCUUCUUCCACUUGUCCCUCGUAGCAAGAGCAGAGACCGAGCACCACAAUCGUGCUAAUCCUCUUCAGCAUAGUAUGCAACAUAUCAUAAAUCAAAAUUGAACAGGCAUAAAAGAAAUAUUAUAAUAGCGCUUAUAUCAUUUUGUGCAACAAUCUACAUUAGAGUAAAAUACAAAAUAUUUUUAUUAACAUGACACGCAUGUGUAUAUGUAUGGAAUAUACGUUCACAUAAAUAAAAACAAAAUUUUC